AUGACUUUCACUCACUCUUUGCCAGGAGAAGAAGCGCCGAUAGUGCUCCAGCACCUUUCUGCAGUCGAAUUCCUCUCCGUUGCGUACCCAACGCUACGCCGCCACGAAGAAUCGGCCAAUAUCGUCCUCGCUCAUGCGUUAUCGCGCUCGCCAGCAGAGUACGUCCUCACCGAAUGCAACUUUGUCCGUGAGGACAGUCUCCGCCUGAUGACAAAAAAGGCACCCCCCAUUGUCGCAGAAAACUUCUGGCUCACCGUCUGGCACACAUCGGGCACGACUCCAGUUCUGGACGGCAUCAUCGCCUGCCUUUCCUCUUCGACCGGCCAAUACUACCCCCUCUUUCUGUGGGGCUCGACGCUGCCAAGCGCUGUCGUUGCUUUUCUUCGCGGCUGUAUCGACCCCCGCCGUGUUUUCGCCAUUUUCGGCCCCACAAACCUGGCAGAUUCGUUCUCGCACUCGUGGACCGCGCUUACUGGCUUCCGCAUUCGGGAAGAGCCUCUUUACGAUGCGUUUUUUGCUGUCUGUUCGCCACAAAGUUUGCUGCGUGCCCAAUCCCCCAAGGCAGUCACCGCCCAGAGAAUCCGCAAGGCGGCUUGCCGCGACGUGGAGGCCGUCGCUGAUCUCUGUGAAGGGUUCUACAGCAGCUCGGAGUACCCCGUCGACUUUACACAAGCCAAACACGAAGCAGAGGAACUUGUCCGCAAAGGGCUCGCCUGGAUCUACGAGACCCAAGCCGGCGAGAUAACCACCCUCUGCGCUGUGACGCGUACAUCCCUCCGAGUGGCCGCCAUCACCAAGGUCUACACUCGCCCUGAAUGCCGCAAGCACGGGUUUGCACAGGAUCUGGUCCACGAAGUCGCCCACAGGCUGUUCGAGUGUGGAAAGCAAGGGGUCGUUUUAUAUGUCGGGAAAGGUAAUAAAGCACGAAACGUCUAUGAGCGGGUAGGGUUCAAGGUCGAGGAUGGGGAGGGCUGGAAGGAAAUAGGUUUUGUCGGAACACUACACGGGCAUUGGUAA